UCCUCACUCUCCCGCGGUCCCGCCGUCGUCAGCUAAUUGCGGAGAAGGACUCUCUGAAGCCGCCACGUCUCAGUGAUCCGACUACGACACCUUUCUUCACUCUUCUUCUUGCGUCUUCUCUGCUUUUAGGGUCUCUCUGUUAUUUAAUUUUAAUCGAUUGAGAUCGCUUUUAGCUCUCUAUCUUUGAAUUUUCCGGGAAAAAAAAAUGGGAGAAGAAGCUCGAGCUUUAGAUAUGGAGGAGACGAGUGAAGAGAACACGACGAGAAGAAACCAUGUCGUUCAUGACUUGAUGGUAGAAUUAUACCCGCUUAGCAGCUACUACUUCAGUUCAAGAGACGCUCUUCGCGUCAAGGACGAGAUUAUCUCUGAUCGAGUCAUCAGAUUGAAAUCCAAUUAUGCUGCUCAUGGAUUGAGGACUUGCGUUGAAGCUGUUCUUCUGGUUGAGUUACUCAAGCAUCCUCAUGUUUUGCUUCUUCAAUAUAGAAACUCUAUUUUCAAGCUUCCUGGUGGUCGUUUAAGACCUGGAGAAUCAGAUAUUGAAGGUGUAAAACGGAAACUAGCAUCAAAGCUAUCGGUUAACGAAAAUGUCGUUGUUCCAGGUUUAGAGGUAGGGGAAUGUAUUGGGAUGUGGUGGAGACCCAACUUUGAGACGUUGAUGUAUCCUUUCUUGCCACCUAAUGUGAAACACCCAAAGGAAUGCACAAAGCUUUUUCUUGUGAGAUUACCAGUAAAUCAACAGUUUGUCGUGCCUAAGAACUUCAAACUCCUCGCUGUUCCAUUGUGUCAACUCCAUGAAAAUGAAAAGACUUAUGGGCCGAUCAUAUCGCAAAUUCCCAAGCUUCUUUCGAAAUUCUCCUUUAACAUGAUGGAGAUAUGAACGAACCUCAUAAGCAUUGCCUCUAGUAGCUCUUGCCCGCAAUUUGUGAUAGGAUUAUAUGUUCGGGGAAAUCGUUUGUGGAGCCUCUGUGAGUCUGUGACUAUGUAAAUGUAUAUAGGGCUUACAAUAUAUAGACAAUGUUGAAGAAUAGCAUGUUCUUGUUGGUUAUAGAGACUAGACAUGAAGUAUGAAUGAAUGAUAGUGGUGUUAAUUGAUAGAUAGAUUAUACUUAAUCCGAAAUGAGUUUUCUUUGUGUGAUUAUUUUGAUGUGUAAAAAAAAUAUAUGUAUGUAUGCUUGUUUGUGUUUUUCUUGUUGAAGAAAACCUUGUAAUCUUCAAACAUGAAACCCGAGAAACAUAAGUACUGUUUGUCACUUUGUUGUAUUUGAUCAAACAAACUUUGAGA